CUUGUCGUGUGUGUGCUAAUGGAUCGUGGGAAGUUGAUGACGAGCCGUCGAGCGGAGAGUGUGGAGGAAGGCCCUGGGGCCGGGGGCAACAGUAGUUAUACGGUGGAGGGGGGGUCGCUCCCCAAUGGGAAGGUGAGGAAGGGCAAAUCCUCCAAGAAGAAGGUGGAGCCACGCAAAGCACUGAGUCUGGAGGAGUCUCAGCUCGAGAGCCUUCAGCCCAGCCACAGCCCCAAGCUACCCCCCAUCAGGUCUCAGACAUUUGACAGUGAUCGAUCAUUUGAGAGGACCGACAGUAUUGGCUCCAGAAGUAGUUUCAUUAAGCACAACAAGACAUUCCACAAGAUCUUCCCUGAUCUACCGGACUCUGAAGACCUGCUCCACGCCUAUAUCUGUGCCCUGCAGAAGGAGGUUCCGUAUCAUGGCCGUCUCUAUAUAUCUGAAAACCAUAUCUGCUUCCAUUCCUCUGUGCUGCUUAAAGCCACCAAGGUGGUUAUUCCUGUAUCCAGUGUAACUGUGUUGAAGAAGCAGAACAUGGCUCUACUGGUGCCAAAUGCCUUGUCCAUACGCACUACUGAGGGGGAGAAGUUUUUAUUUGUGUCUUUGCGGAACCGAGAAGGCUGCUAUAAGCUCCUACGCUCUGUUUGCCUUCUGUUGGAGGAUGGCAGCACCAACAGCAGCCCCCUCUUCUCCUCAGCAGAGAACAGCUUUGACCAGGGCAAGCUGGCGAACUCUAGCCAGUCCAGUCUGGAGGACAGCUUUGACCAGCUGGACGCAGGAGACUCCUCGCUGCUGCUAGACCCUCCCCCUACCCGCCUGAGCCAAGAUACGCUGACGCAUACGAGUCGCUCAACCUUGAGGAGUUCACACAGAGAGCACGAUGACAGUAGCUCUAUAGAAGAAUACUCAGGCGGAGGCUCUUGGGUGUGGAAUGUGACGGACAGAGCGCGCUCCCUCCUCGUGCACCGAGAACCCAGCAGCCUCAACACACUCCUCCUCAUCUACCUGAUCCUGGUGGUCCUGCUUCUCCUCUCCUCUGGCUACAUCGGUCUGCGUAUCGUGGCCCUCGAGGAGCAGCUCACCUCUCUGGGAGCCCUGCCUGAGUUCACCCUGCAGAGCAGCAGGUAUAAGGACACAUAGCCACGUGCUCCAGGAGAGGCGAGAUAUGACGGGGUGAUGGUGACGCGGAGGACAUGAUGGGGUGGCGGCUGGCCAGAGGUCCAUCCCAAAGAGAAGCACCAUGUCCACUCGGACGCACUGCCUAGACGCCAGAGGCCCCUCUGCCCCCUCUGCCCCCCCCCCACCCCACACACACACAGCUGCAACACGGCCACUGCAGCCACAGGGUUGUGUCUCCAUCCGUAGCACCCAUGGAGCUCCACCCUGACCUCCUCCUCCUCCUCCUCCUCCUCCUCCUCCUCCUCCUCCUCCUCCUCCUCCUCCUCCUCCUCCUCCUCCUCCUCCUCCUCCUCCUCCUCCUCCUCCUCCUCCUCCUGCUGCGUGGAACAACCAAAGAGCGCUGGCCUGUCCUGUCUCUGAGUGGAAAGACGGAAGAGAGAAGAAAGAACACAAGUCCUCUGAAACAAAGAACGUGACGAAACAAAGCCUCCCACCAUUUCAGAGAGCAGCUCUCUGUUCCGCUACUAAACGAAGCAUCCCACCAUUUCAGAAAGCAGCUCUCUGUUCUGCUAUGCGCUUCCUCUUCAGCCCACCUGUGCAGGAAGUCGUUGGGGCCCACCCAGGGGUCACUUCCUGUGGGCAGGUUGGAGCAGAGCUCCUCAGGCGAGGUCUGCUGGGUUCAUGUCAGAGCGGCCCAAGAGAAAAAUGGCGUCCGCUGCGGCUCAGCUCGGCCUGCUACCAGACUGGUUCUGUGCCAGACUGGACACCCCGAGAUGGACCUCGGACCGGUUCUUUGCUGUUCUGUGUUGGGGGGUGUGGGGAGCACAGCUGGCCACUGGGUGCCUGGUGGAUUGGACUGAUCUGAUCUUAGUACAGCUGCUCCCUCUGAACUCCACUCUCCCACUCUCUUUCUUUCUCUCUCUCUCUCUCUCCUUCUCUCCCUAUCUCUCUCUCCCUAUCCCUCUCUCUUUCUCUCUCUCUCUCUUCCCCCCUCUCCCCCCACACACCCAACUUUGCUUGCAGUAUUAUCUUCCUACCUUCUCUCAUGAUUGUGUGUGACAGACUAGAUGAUGAUGAUGAUGAUGAUGAUGAUGGUGGUGAUGGUGGUGGUGAUCAGUGCUUUGAGGCCAACCCUUGAGUAUUAGUGGAUGUAAUUGCAUACUCUAUGCACAAACAAGUAUGAUCAGGUCUUUAUAUUUCUACAUGGGCUUUCUACUCGUGCCCUUUAAUCAACAGUGGUUGUUUUUAUAUACACGGCACACGUGUCUCCCAGCGCAUGCUGAAUACUGGCAACAUUGGCGCCGUGCCAGUCUGCGUGUGUGUGUGUGUGUGUGUGUGUGUAUGUAAGGGCACGAGCCAUCAGGGCUGGACGUAGACGUUUGGGCUGAACCUGCUGUGGACCCCACCGCCACCCCACGUGCACGAAGCGGCCGCAGAACCUCCCCCGGGCCGAGUUGGCACCAGAACUUGCCCGGCUCUGUUGCCAAUGGGUGGGGAUCUGACUGGGGAUGGCAGCCUCGGGAACAACCGGUGGGCUCUUCUAUAAAAAAAAACCUCCAGGUUCGGCCCAGUGAAAUAACUUGAAUCAUAUUUUAUACAAAGAACAAGAAAAAGACUUUCCAAUAUAUGCAUGGUUUUGUUGUGUGUUGUUUCCGAUGUAUGUAUGUAUGUAUGUAUGUAUGUAUGUUUAAUACCGCAAGGAGAUUGUUUGUUUGUUUGUUUGCUUGUUUGCCUGCAAGGUGAGAGUAAAUUAUGUCGUUCAGCUGAACGAGCGCACUUUAGGCCUGGUGGAGUUCUGAGACCCAAACAGGAAGUGGCUUUUUGGUUGGAGGUGACUUAUCUGAUGGUGCUAAUGUCGCUAGCUCUCCGGGCAGGGGGGGCUAGGCCACCUGUGACUGACCGACCCCCCCAGCCGGGGUGCUUGCACCUUACACAUUUCAUGUCUCGGGUCGGGUUCAUAGUCAUUGAUGAUUAUCAUGCAUCUCCCCCCUUGCCCUGGAGAGCCUUUUGGUCCCCUGAGGGAACCCAAUGUUCUCCAUGUCUGAUUUCCAAAUUUCCUUUGCCGCUUGUUAACGCAAAGAUCAAUAGAAUCACUUUUUUUUGUUCUAAUGCAUGCAUGUUGACAAUUCUUGGUAUCUGUUUUAUUGUCCUUCAAAUGACACGUUCGGAAUAUCUUGAAUAAUAUCUACUGCUCAGAUGAAGUAUUGAUGUUUUCCCAAAUUGCAGCGUAUUCUCUGGUACACGGACUUCAUCAAUCUCCCUCCAAAUGAGGCAGUGUAGAUCAUAAUGUAUGAUAACCACAAUGCUAGAAUCUAUCAAGUUCAUGUCUUUAUUUUUAUUUUUAUUUUGUUUUUUUUGCACUAUGUUUGUAAAUAAUUUGUUUUGUAUCAAACUCUAAUGUCAAUGACCUUCCUGCGUAUUUAUUGCAUAAUGUGUAAUUCGAAGUAGUCUCUGUGAGACUUGCUUUGGUAUUGUCGAAAAAUAAAUCCGAUGUUGGGGAAAGAA